AUGAGCAAACCUGUCAAUUUUUUAGACUUAAUUAAGAACCCAGACAAGAUUUAGAAUAAAUAACCAAUAAAAGGUAGCAAUUCAAAUACAACUACUCCUAAAGAAGCAGUUAUACCUCCAAAUUUAGCAGGUGCAUAAAAAAAUGAAUGGCUUGAAUAGUAGUAGAAGAAAAACUCAUAGAAUGCUAAUAAAAAAGAUGAUGAUGUCUAAAUUCUAGAUUACAAUCCCUUCAAAAAUAACUAGGAAGCAAAGGAUAGCUUAAAGAAAUAAAUUUAAAAACCAAACAUUUAGUAAGCUGCUCCACCUAAAAAUAUAAGUGAAGGAAAUAAAAUAAAUAAUACAUACUAGAUUAUAUCUAAACCCAACCAACUAUAAUAAGCAAAUUCACCACAAUAGCAAAUUAAUAAGAAUAAUGUUGUUAACAUAGGAGGUGAUUAACUCGUCUUCAGACAAACUUAGAAUAAUAAAUAAGAUAAGAAUGCAAUUUAACCUACAGAAAUAUCUAAAAAAAAUAGUAUUUAGUUUAAUAGCGACAGUAGCAAUAGCUCAAAGAACAACAAUAUCAUAAAUUAAAACAAUAAAGCUAAUUAACAAAUAUCCUCUAACACAAAUACUCAUAACACUAACAAUAAAAUAGUAAGCAAUAACUAAAGAGUUCAAUCUAAUAAAAGCGUUGGAAGUAUCUUUUCUUCUAAUAAAUCAAAUACUUCUAACAAAAGUGCAGGCAUGUCAAAAUAAGAAAUGCUCAAAGCUAAAUAUUCACUAGUAAACUAAAGCAAAGAAGACUACAAGAAAAUAUUUUCAAAAAUUGUUAAAGAAUACUCAGAUACAGAGAAUCUAACUUAUAAUCCAUCUAAAAUCAAUUAUUCACUUUACUUCAUCUAUUUUUGCGUUUUUGUCUUUUUUGUAAUGGUUUCCUUGGAUUAUGUUGCAUCUAACACUCCCAAGUUUUGCAAAAAUGAGGUUAAAUAUGAUACACCUAAAUGCAUUGUAUGUCCUGAAAAUGCUUAAUGUAAAAAUUAUGUCAUGAAAUGCAACGAUGGAUUCAUUUAAGAAGGUUAUAAGUGCAAACUAAAUCCAAAUUUAAUAAGCAGCUCAGAGAGUUUCAUAAUUGAAAAAAUAACACAAAUACAAUACGAUAAUGGUCAUAGAAUGUGCUUUGCAUAGGAAAGUGAUAUUGACUAAAAGCAAAAAGAGGAAGAAGAAGUAAUCAAAAUAAGCAGAGCUUAGUUGCUUGAAGAGCUUUAACAACGUUUGGCUGAUAAAAAAGCCGUUGCUUAACAAAAGAAGAUAUUAGAAAAGUUCUUAGUAAGCACUGAAAAUCAAGAAAAAUUAGGAUUCAAAUAUGAUUAAGAAUCAUAAACUUUGACAUCUUCAAGACUUAGAUUUACUAUAUUUUGCAAGUGCAAGCAAUUAAUAAAAAAUAAUUAAAAAAGCAUAGCUAUAAGUUCCUUAACCCUUGUUUCUUUAAUUAUUGUUGGAAUAAUUUUAAAGAAGCACUUUAAGAAAAUUAGAAUUGCUAACGAAAUCUAUGAAGAGCUUGCCCAUCAAAUUUAAGAAACAUCUGAUAAAUAAAUUAAUGUAUCAUACUAUAAAGAAGGAAUUGUUAAUAGAUUUAAAAGUGAUUUUAAUGAAGAUGUCUGGAUUCUAGUUGAUAGAAAGCGUGUAAAUGAAUAAAAAAUAAAUGUUUACAGAGAUUGCGAUGGACUAUAUUGGUCUUAAAUUUGA